AUGGGGAGAAAAACUAGCUUUUUAUCACGACAGGAAAGUAAGCGCAGAAAACAAUGGGAAUCGGCGUUACGUAUUAUAAACUUUAAGGCAAGUAAUACUGCACGAUUGUGUGCUGCACAUUUCACAGAAGAGGAUUAUUAUGGCAAAAGCAAAUAUACAGGUAAUGAACCACUCGCCAAAUUUCUUAAAAAGACUGCUGUUCCAUCGGUUUUCUGCUUUACUAAGGUAAAACCAGAAAAUCCAGCUGCCCUUGAACGACAGCAUCGUUUUGAGAGAAGAUGUAUAAAGAAACUAUUUCAAGAAUCUCAUACUAGUGUCACUAUAGAAACUGAAAGAGACCUUACACUGGCAAUAGGUCGUGAAGAAGAAGUGAACAAUGAAACCACUUCAGCAGCAUGUUCACAUAGUGCACCUGAAUUUGAUACAAAAACUACUCAAGUUGACCAUGAACACACAUAUGGGUCUAUUAAUAGGAAUAAGAAUAAUGAUACCUUUAUUAAGUUUUACACAGGAUUUGAAUCAUAUAAAAAAUUUCAGUUAGUGUACUCAACUCUGAGCCCAAUGGUUCACAAAAUUAGGUAUUAUGGCAGCUCUGUGAUAAAUCUGAGUGCAGAAGAUCAGUUUUUUUUAACAUUGAUGAAAUUAAGACAAAACAAAUGUAAUUUUGAACUUAGUAUGUUUUUUAAUGUCAGUCAAAGUACUGUAUCAAAUAUUUUUAUCACAUGGGUAAACUUUAUUUAUCAAUUGUGGAUAAAAUUAGAUAUUUGGCCCAGAAAAGAAUUAGUCCAAUAUUAUAUGCCCAGAAGUUUCAAAAAUUAUGAUUCAACUCUCAGAGUAAUAUUAGAUGGAACCGAAAUAAUAAAUAGAGAUAGAAGAAUAAAAGAUAGAGAACUGGCAAAUAAAAGGGUUCAUAUAGAAAGAAUUAUAGGGUUAACAAAAACAUACAAAAUUUUAAAAAAUGAACUAGACCAUAGCUAUGUUCCAAUAGCAAUGAAAGUAUUAUGA